AUGGGAGCAGAGGAGCAUAGUAGUAGGGGAGCAGAGGAGCAUGGGAGCAUGGGAGCAGGGGAGCAUAGGAGCAGAGGAGCACAGGGGUGGUUGGGGGAGGAGGAGGAGAAGGAGGAGACGAUUGGGGGAGGAGAGGCGAAGGUGGGUAGAGGGGCGUUGGAGGAAGGGGGGGAGGAGAAAGAGGACGAGGAGAAGGAAGAGGGGGAGGAGGAGGAGGAGGAGGAGGAGGAGGAGGAGGAGGAGGAGGAGGAGGAGGAGGAGGAAGAGGAGGAGGAGGAGGCGGAGGAGGAGGAGGAGGAGGAGGAGGUGGUGGUGGUGGUGGUGGUGGAGGGGUGA